UCUGGCUCCCAGCCCCGCCCGGCAGGUGCCUGCCACCUGGUGACCAGCCCUGCCCUCCUCCCCAGCAUUUCGGAGCCCCUCGCACCCCCUUCUCCGUCAGGGGCUCCCCCAGCCUCCCCGGGCCUGGCGCCCAGCUGCUGUCUGUGGCCGCGCUCCGAGCCAGUCUUGGGGCGGGCGGGGGUGGGGUAGCGGUGAAGGCUCCCCAGUUCUAGGCCCCGGGCUGGGGCACAGUGAGGACCCACCGGAUGUCGCCCCCAGGAACCGCCAGGCCCCACUUCUCAGCCGGCACACUCAGGUCCUGAGGUCGCUGCGCACAAAUGCUGCGACUCCUCUCUGCCUCACUUAGCUUAAGGCCCGGCCUUGGGUGCUCGCCCUGGUGGGCAGUGCCUGUCCAUCUUUAUAAUUGCCCAAGUUGGCUGGAGGCCCAGGGGCCGGUUCUGCCCACAGUCUUUGAAGUACGUCUACCCUAACUGCACCCCCGUACCACCCCCCUUCAUCAUCUGAAGUUGGAGGCAGUUCCAGCUCCAUCCUGGGCUGGGUCUUUCCCCCGCUUUCCCUCUCCCAGAUAGCAGCACUUGGCUCUGCAGCCUCCCUGGUUGUCACACCCCCUUAGUCCCAGCUUCCCUGCCUCAGGAGAAACCAGGCUCCGUGGAGACUGAUGCUGAGAUCUCCAAGCACCCUGUACCUGUUGUGGUGGGUGUUCUGGGCCACCGCCGCAUGGAUGCAUGAGGACCGUGACGGUGGAAAUGUUUUUGGCGUGAAUGGGAGGGCUCCCUGUAGGGAUGGUCUGGGGGGGAGUAUGGUAUCGAGGCAGUGAGACUGCCUGUACAGAUGUUCAGGAGACGGAAACCCUUGAAAUAAGAAUACAGGGUGGUGAGGGGGUGGCUUUGGUGCCAGGAUUUGGAGCUGCCAUAGUUAAGGCAGAGGCUGACGUAGCCCCAGCCGCCUGUUUCUAGACCAGAGCUCCAUCGUGGUGCCAAGGAGCCUCCCUGUGCUGCAUAGGUCCCUGGGCCCUGGGGGACUAGAAUGAGUCCUCUCCUUGGGGCCCUGGGUGGGAGGCAGGAGGAUGUACAGAGGAAGGAGCUGUGAGGCCUGGCUGCCUAGUACUUGGCCCUUCUUCCCCAGUGGGCAGCGUGGAGCAGAGAGGAGCCCAGGGUAAAUGUGGUGCAGAGAUAGAAGAGCUUGCCGAGAUGUGAGCGCCCUGGGUGUAGGUGCUUAACUUUCAUUUUGAAGAUGAGGAAAUGAAGUCACUUGCCCCAGAGAACAUAUCUAGUGAGUGUUGGGGCUUGGAUUUGAAACCACUCCCAUGUGACUCCAAAGCUGGUCUCUUUGCUCUCCUUUCCCUCUCCGCUAACACAGAGGAGGGGACCUGGCUGGGGAGAGAGCUGUCUGGCAGCUGGUUUCCCGAGGCAGUGGGGGUGACUUUCCCAUGGGGCUCUCCAAGCAUCAGCAUUUGUGGAGGCAGGAAGAUGGGAGGGGGCCCUCCUGAGCAGAGUCUGCCCGGAGCCCAGGGAAGGUGUCAGCUCGCUUGUCUCCGCCAUCGCUCUGAUUAUGAAACAGCCUCGGGCAGAGCCCUGCUGAGACACAGGCUCACUCACUGUCAGGGUGGAAGCUCUUAGCUCUCUUCCAGAAACUGAGGCCUGGGAGUGGAAGGGGCUGGUCCAAGCAGUACAGCUGGGGAUGGGGAUGGGGCUGGGGCUGGAACCCGACCUCCUGAUCCCGGCCUGUGCUCUAACCGAGCAACCACAAGUUUUCCCUCUGACUCAGCCGCAGGAAGAAGGGAAAGGAGUCGGGUGCUGUGCCCGGGAGGUGCUAGUCCCUCAGGGGCCCCUGUAUCGCGUGGCUGGCACAGCCAUCUCCAUCUCCUGCAAUGUCACUGGCUACGAGGGCCCUGCCCAGCAGGACUUCGAGUGGUUCCUGUACAGGCCUGAGGCCCCAGAGGCUGCCCUGGGCAUUGUCAGUACCAGGGAUACCCGAUUCUCCUAUGCUGUGUUUGGGCCCCGAGUGGCAGCUGGUGAGGUACAGGUGCAGCGACUGCAGGGUGAUGCCGUGGUGCUCAAGAUUGCCCGCCUGCAGGCCCAGGAUGCUGGCAUUUACGAGUGCUACACACCCUCCACUGAUGCCCACUACCUGGGCAGCUACAGCGGCAAAGUGGAACUGAGAGUUCUUCCAGAUAUGCUGCAGGUGUCUGCUGCCCCCCCAGGGCCCCGGGGCCGUCAGGCCCCAGCUUCACCCCCUCGCCUGAUGGUGCACGAGGGGCAGGAGCUGGCACUGGGCUGCCUGGCACGGACGAGCACGGAGAAGCACACACACCUGGCCGUGUCCUUUGGGCGAGCUGUGCCCGAGGCGCCAGUGGGGCGAGCAACUCUGCAGGAAGUGGUGGGACUCCGGCCCGACAUGGCCGUGGAGGCCGGAGCUCCCUAUGCUGAGCGGCUGGCGGCAGGGGAGCUGCGGCUGGGCAAGGAGGGGACUGAGCGCUACCACAUGGUGGUGGGGGGCGCCCAGGCGGACGACGCAGGCACCUACCACUGCACUGCCGCUGAGUGGAUUCAGGAUCCCGAUGGCAGCUGGGCCCAGAUUGCGGAGAAGAGGGCUGUCCUGGCCCAUGUGGACGUGCAGACGCUGUCCAGCCAGCUGGCAGUGACAGUGGGGCCUGGGGAACGUCGGAUCGGCCCAGGGGAGCCCUUGGAGCUGCUGUGCAAUGUAUCAGGGGCCCUGCCCCCAACGGGCCGUCAUGCCGCCUACUCCGUGGGCUGGGAGAUGGCACCUGCGGGGGCACCUGGGCCCGGCCGCCUGGUUGCCCAGCUGGACACGGAGGGUGUGGGCAGCCUGGGCCCUGGCUACGAGGGCCGGCACAUUGCCAUGGAGAAGGUGGCUUCCAGAACCUACCGGCUACGGCUGGAGGCUGCCCGGCCCGGGGAUGCGGGUACCUACCGCUGCCUCGCCAAGGCCUAUGUCCGAGGGUCUGGGGCCCGGCUUCGGGAAGCCGCCAGUGCCCGCUCCCGGCCCCUCCCCGUGCACGUGCGUGAGGAAGGUGUGGUGCUGGAGGCUGUGGCCUGGCUAGCGGGAGGCACAGUGUACCGCGGGGAGACGGCCUCCCUGCUCUGCAACAUCUCCGUGCGGGGCGGCCCUCCUGGGCUGCGGCUGGCUGCCAGCUGGUGGGUGGAGAGGCUGGAGGACGGGGAGCUGAGCUCUGCCCCUGCCCAGCUGGUGGGUGGCGUGGGCCAGGACGGUGUGGCAGAGCUGGGGGUCCGGCCCGGAGGAGGCCCCGUCAGCGUGGAGCUGGUGGGGCCCCGAAGCCAUCGGCUGAGACUGCACGGCUUGGGGCCCGAGGACGAAGGCGUGUACCACUGUGCCCCCAGCGCCUGGGUGCAGCACGCUGACUACAGCUGGUACCAGGCGGGCAGUGCCCGCUCAGGGCCUGUCACGGUCUACCCGUACACACAUGCCCUGGACACCCUGUUUGUGCCCCUGCUGGUGGGUGCAGGGCUUGCCCUAGCCAUCGGAGCCACCAUCCUGGGCUCCAUCACCUGCUGCUUCAUGAAGAGGCUGCAGAAACGGUGAUCCCUCACACCCCAGGUGUGACUAUCUUCCAGCCCAGCCGCAAGCCCGCCUCUGGUGUCUGAAUACCCUCUCCCUCUGCCUGCCCUUCCUUUAAUUUAUUUGACCUACUCCCACCCAGAGUGGGGGACACGGCCCCCAUGCCCCACUCCUUCCUUCCCAAGCUCCUCCCUCUGGCCUUCUGUUCAUGAUCUCAUACAUAGCCCAAAGGGAGGCCGUUCCCUGUCCUAGAAUUAGUUUUUCUAAAAUGUGAAUAAACUUGUUUUAUAAAA